AAUACGUAUACAAGCAUUAUGUUGGAUCUAGGACUUCACUUAAUCCUUAUCUCACUAAAUCAUUUGUUUUAUAACAAGUUUCAAACUAACAAUACAACCUAUUUUGAAGCAGCCAAGGUCUGAGGAUUCUUGAACAUAAUUAAGGUCUUUACAUUUGAUUCGAAUGACUGGAAAUUCAACUGCUGCAACAAUCAUCCGAUUGUCUCAAUUUUUGUUUUGUAUUUAAAAUUUAGUGAAGAGGGGUGAUCUGCAUUUUUUUGUUAACUGGCGAGGAAAAUUGUUCACAGAACAUGAUUUUGCGAUUAGCCUCGAUGUGGAACAAGCACCGGAGAAACAAAAAGGAGAAUCGUAUCGACCCUUGGAAAUAUAAGCCUCUGGAGUAUUGGCAAUUGGAAGAUCAGAGCAAACCUGCAAAAAAGCAGCAAGAUUCCUCAUCAGUUUUUACGGUUAAAGAGAUGGAAGAGGCAACCCGUUCCUUCAGUGAUGAAAAUUUUCUAGGAAAGGGUGGAUUUGGACGAGUAUACAAGGGGACUCUGCGGUCUGGAAAGGUUGUAGCAAUAAAGAAAAUGGAGUUACCACCUCCUAAAAUUAUUGACGGGGAACGCAAAUUGUCAGUUGAUGGGGAAAGAGAGCGAGAAUUUCGUGUUGAAGUUGAUAUCUUGAGCAGAUUGGAACAUCCAAACCUGGUUACUUUAAUAGGCUACUGUGCAGAUGGGAAGAACAGGUUUCUGGUAUACGAAUAUAUGCACAAGGGAAACCUACAAGAUCAUCUAAACGGAAUUGAGGAUGUGAAAAUGGAUUGGCCAUUGCGGCUCAAAGUAGCACUUGGAGCAGCGAGAGGACUUGCUUUUCUCCAUUCAAGUACCGCGAUUGGAACUCCUAUAGUUCACAGGGACUUCAAAUCCACCAAUAUACUUUUGAAUGAUAACUAUGAAGCAAAGAUAUCAGAUUUCGGGCUUGCAAAGUUCAUGCCAGAUGGGCAUGAAAACCAUGUUACUGCCACAGUUCUUGGUACCUUCGGCUACUUUGAUCCUGAGUAUACAUCGACAGGCAAGCUCACUUUACAAAGUGAUGUUUAUGCAUUUGGAGUGGUUUUGCUUGAGCUUUUGACUGGACGAAGAGCCGUGGACCUGAACCAAGGACCCAAUGACAAAAAUCUCGUACUACAGGUCAGACAUAUAGUGACCAACAAGAAAAGGCUGCGGAAGGUCAUAGACCCAGAGAUGAGACGGAGUUCAUACAAUAUGGAGUCCAUUGCGAUGUUUGCAGACCUGGCAUCACGUUGCCUUCGAAUUGACAGUAGGGAAAGACCUUCAAUGGAAGAUUGUAUAAAAGAACUCCAACAAAUUUCGUUUGCAAAUUCCAAAUGCUCGAGUAAAGAGCCUAAAAUUGCCUCUGAAUACGGCCCAGAAAUCAGCAACUUCUCUGUUAGGAGUUUAAAUCUUCUGUAGUUACGAGACCUACAAAACUGUAUAUAAAAUAUAUGAAUGGUGAAUCAAGACCGGAACAAGGAACAUCUAAACGUGCAUCCUGGCAAUCUACUAGGCAUCACGAGUGACCUUGAUACGAUGUUACUAAGCAACGGUACUCUACUUGUACAUAUUUACAUUCUGCUUGAUGUAUCUUGGAAUAUAACAUUGUACAAGUCUUGGUAGUACUGAGACAUAAAGCUUCAUAUAUGUGUAAUGCACAGCACUGCAAUAAAAAAUUUUAGCAGCUGUUACAGAGUUUUUAAGCAGGUACUAAACAUAAAAAAAAUUUCACUUCUA